AAUAAAAUAAAAGAAAGCAAAUUUUGGGACAAAAAGGAUUUCCAUCCACCGAACUCGCCUCUCAGCGCUCACCGACGUUCAUUGAUCAACCAGAAAAUUCACUCACUCGCCCACUUGUACAGUUGAAAAAAUGUCGGUCAGAAUGGUUGCCCGGAGAUUGGGGGGCAAGCUAUUACCCAGGUUUACUCCUGCUGCAUAUCUGCAUUCCCAUGCUACUAGCUUUGGAUUUAAAAAAGUAGAUGAAGAAGAAAAAAGCCAAUUGGUUGGUAAUGUCUUUACCAAGGUUGCAUCAAAUUACGACAUCAUGAAUGAUUUGAUGAGUGGUGGACUGCAUAGAUUGUGGAAAGAGAGAUUGGUUACAAAAUUGAAUCCUUUUCCUGGGAUGAAGCAUCUCGAUGUAGCUGGUGGGACAGGUGAUGUGGCUUUCAGGAUCCUGGAAACAAUUAAUAGUGUUAAUCGAAGAGCCAUAGAAGACACCCUUGAAGAUGAUUUGCAGCAAGAGACUCAGAUUUAUGUUUGUGAUAUUAAUCCAAAUAUGUUGAAUGUUGGCAAAAAGCGAGCUCAAGAAAGAGGGCUUGGAGAUCUAGGGUCCCUUGUUUGGGUUGAGGGAGAUGCAGAAAAGCUCAAUUUUGAGGACAGUUCAAUGGACGGUUACACUAUUGCUUUUGGUAUUAGGAAUGUUACACACAUCGAAAAAGUGCUUGUUGAAGCACACAGGGUACUCAAGAAGGGUGGGAGAUUUCUUUGCCUUGAACUCAGCCAUGUAGAAGCUCCAGUUUUCAAGCAGUUGUAUGAUUACUACUCAUUCUCGGUCAUUCCAGUUCUCGGAGAGCUAGUUGCAGGAGAUCGUGAUUCUUAUCAGUAUUUGGUUGAGAGCGUUCGGCGUUUUCCUCCUCAGGAGGUUUUUGCAUCAAUGAUCGCAGAUGCUGGGUUUCAGAAGGUAGAGUAUGAAAAUCUUGUGGGAGGAGUGGUGGCUAUCCAUUCAGGGUUGAAACUCUAGGUGAUCUUAGAAAUUGGAAACUUAAUCAUAUUUUCUCGGUGUAGUGCUUACAACCAGAGUUCACAACAGUUUAGGUAGAUCUUAGCUUCAAUUUGUUUGUUAAGUAUUGUUGUUUUUCCCGCUUAAAUUUAUACAUCUACACGAAAGUUAAAUUGAUAUUCACAGGAAUAAACAUUUUGUUUGGAGCAA